AAUUAACUAUACAAAUUGUUCAUCACCAAUCUAGAAAACUCAAGAAAAUUGAAGCAAAUCACAAAUUAUCCAUAAAUAACAUGAUUAAUUGAAAGCUUCUUCCUUUCAAUUAAGUUUGUUCACUCUCCACUCGAUAACAUCAACUUUAUUCUACAUAAUUAGAAAAAAAAAAUUAGACAUGUAUCCACAAACAUAAAUAAGAUUAGUUGUUUAGAAUAUUAAAUAUACCGAGAAAAUUAAUUAUAUGGGAAUGGGCGGGUACCCAUGGGACAGGUUUACCUAAACCCAAACCCAACCCAACCCGAUGAAUAGUGAAUGGGUUUAAACCCAAACCCGACCUAAAACCCGUCAACACGAAUUUUACUCACGUUGACCGAAUAAGGUCAGAUGGGUACCCGUGAGUUCGGGUUUUGUUGUCAUCCUUAGUGACGAGUGGUGUUGCUUUCUCCCGUUUUGUCGAUAAGACAUCCUAAUCAAAAUUCAAAAUCCGACGGUAGAUGACAUCAAACCAACAAUUUGGGCCGCAGUUUUGGACUUAUGGGCUUGGUUUGGGAUAGUUGUCAACGGGCUUGGAAAUUAUGUAACUAUGGACCACAGGAGUACGAGUGUACGACUAGUCCUGUUUUUUUUUUAGAGUUAUUAUUGCUGUUUUCAUUGACUUAUGAAUAUCAUAAUUAUUAUGUGGAAAAAAAUAUAUAAUUUUUUUCUUCCAGAUCCAAGAAAAUAUUUUGUAAAAAGAAUGAGGGAGGCAUGUGAAAUGUUUUCUCUCCAUUCAUUCUCUGAAAUAAAGAAAUAUUGUUUGAAAAUCAGAAUUGCAAGGCCGGGACGGGGAAGGAAGAGAAAGAGGAGACAGGAGAGGGGGAGGUUUUGAUGAGGGUUGCAUCUUGAAUUUCUUAAAAUUUGAUCGAUUGACAUUAGCAGCCUCCCCAGGAGCUGUCAUCAGUCAGUCGAUCACGCGUACAGGAAGAAUCUCCUCACUUCUCCCACUUCCCUCGCCGCCCGGCAAAUUGUUGCAUUACCUUGUCGACGCAAGAAAUGGGUCCUCGACGUUUUGCUCUGCCGUGAAGGUUUUUUCAAGGCAUUCAUCAUUCGGGAGAAGAGGAAUUGUUGAUGGGUCGCCGUCGAAAUGAGGUAGCGGAGAGGUGUUCAAUCAAGACCAUGAACUGUUCAGGCGGGCCGGCACCGGCAAGGGUCAAGAAGUCGACGUAUGAGACUAUACAUGAAGUUGCCAUCUAUAUUCACAGAUUUCACAAUCUCGACCUCUUUAGACAAGGAUGGUAUCAAAUUAGGAUAUCCAUGACCCCGGAUGGAAAUGGGUGCACUUUGCUUACAACUCCUUCUCGAGUGAUCCAAUAUGAAGCAGCUGAAAAUGGUAGCAGAUCUGCAUAUGGAGUGUGGCAGAUUGAUGACACGGAGAACAGCUUCGCAACACAGCCUUUUUGUAUCAAAUAUGCGAGACAAGAUGUAUAUUUAUCUAUCAUGGUCUCCUUCAUUCUAUCCCUCAGUUCGUUUGAGGCUCCUCCUUCAUCUGGUGUGAUUCUGAGGUUUGAGCUUUUGUCUACCUUCGAUGCAGAGAAUGGGUCUUCUCUGCAAUUUCCAACGGACCUUGAUCCAGUUGCAGUUCAUGAAUUUCGAAUUCCUUCAAAAGCUCUGUUAGGAUUGCAUACUUAUUGCCCUGUACAGUUUGAUUCCUUUUAUCCUGUUCUCGUCGAUACUAGCAUACAUAUUACCAUGUUGGAAGCUUCAUCUAAACGUUCAUCCAAGGCACUAGAUCUAGUGAUCUCCGAUGGUCACAAGCAUGCCAUGCUCAUUAAAGCAUUAAUGGUUACUCGUGAUAUACUUCUCGGAGAUCUUCGAAAAAUCAGCAAAGAAAUUGAUCAAGCACUUGACUUGACUGAGUUUUUUCCUGAUCUAGAUGACAAACAACUGUCCUCCCUCGUGCAAUUUAAUCCAGUCCAUGGCAACAAGGUUUCUCAGGUCUUGCCCGAACCAGAAGAUACUUUUGAGGUUGAUCUAUCAAGUUCCCUGCAAUUACUGAGAGACCAAAUUUUUUUUCUAUGGAAUACAUUCUUUGCAUUUCACAGGGCUAAUGGGAAAAAAAUACUAGAUUCUCUUCAUCAUACUUGGGGUGAUAAUAGAAGAGCUGAAUGGUCAAUAUGGAUAGUAUACUCAAAAGUAGACAGGUCGUUUGCUAAUGGCCUCCUUGAAAAGGCUUCUUCAACUCUAAGGAAGUUCCUAAAUGAUCCUGUGCGGACUUCAAGUGCACGGGCUGGCCUUCACCGUCAAAGCAUUGCACAAAUGAAGAUAAACAACCGAUCACUCCAAGAUAUGCAUAUAUACAGAGACCCAUCACACAUUCCUAUUAUCACGAUAGACCAUUUUGUGAAUUCCCCUUCACAUAAAACUGGAGGACAUUCAUAUUUGAAGAAUAAACCAAACACAUCAAUGCAAAUGGAUAAUUCAUCUACCGAACCUUCAAAAAUUUUGAAGGUGGUUGUGUUUGUGCACGGGUUUCAGGGACAAAGCCUAGAUUUGAGACUUGUUCGCAAUCAAUGGCUUUUGAUAGAUCCCAAAGUGGAGGUUCUUAUGUCAGAGGCAAACGAAGAUAAAACAGAAGGGGACUUUAGGGAUAUGGGUUUAAGGUUAGCUGAGGAAGUAACAUCUUUCAUGGAAAAGAAAAUCGAGAGAUCCUCAAGAAGUGGGAAUGUAACAGAAGUAAAGCUGAGUUUUGUUGGGCAUUCCAUGGGAAAUAUCAUCAUAAGAGCAGCAUUAUCAGAGAGCAUUAUGGAGCCGUAUUUGAGAUACUUGCACACAUACCUUUCUGUAUCUGGCCCACACUUGGGGUACAUGUACAGUUCGAACAUGCUAUUCAACUCUGGUCUCUGGUUCUUGAAAAAGUUUAAGGGCACUCAAUGCAUUCGCCAGCUUACCUUCUCAGAUGAUCCGAAUCUUAGGAAGACUUUCUUAUACAAACUUUCUAAGCACAAGACCCUUGAGAACUUCAAGAACGUGAUCCUCGUUUCCUCGCCACAGGACGGCUACAUACCAUACCACUCGGCCAGAAUCGAGGCAUGCCCAGCAGCACUUUUAGACUACUCGAAGAAGGGCAGAGUCUUCUGGGAAAUGCUCAACCAUUGCUUGUGCCAGCUACAAGCUCCUUGUUCUUCUAAUCAACGAAUCUUCAUGCGCUGCGAUGUCAACUUCUACAUCCCAUCCUCCAACAGAAACAACUUCAACUCCAUCAUCGGGCGAACUGCUCACGUGGAGUUCCUGGAAUCGGACAACUUUGCCAUGUUGGUUAUGGGGUCUUUCCCUGAACUGUUCGUCUAGUAGAUUGCAUGGUUCCAACUGCCAUAGGGAUAGAACAAUAGAGCAUACUGGAGACAACAGAAGUUUAUCGCCCGAUGAACAAGGAAAAGAAACAAGGUUAUGAGCAACGUGACGAGUGUGUAAAGCGAAAGAAUGACAUUCUAAUGGAUCACAGUUCUUUCUUUCAUUAUCUAUUUAUCUUGGCUUCGUUGGAGCUUAAUGUAUGUAUGUAUGCAAGCGAUGCAUUGUUAUUGCUAUUUCUAUCUUUACUACUUGAGGGAAUGGGAGGAUUUCCAUUUCAGGGGAAUCAGAUUUUGUGUUCAACUGUAAAAUCGUAAUUGGCGGUCCGACCGAUAAAAUCUUCUAUUGGAUGCUAAAUUAGUAGUCAGUAUUUAACUUAUUAAACUGUUAAAUCACGG